CCAGCUCAUAUUUUUUAAUACUUAUUAAUAUUCAUAAGAAUGGAUUGCCCCAAUGAAUUACCGGUUAUAGACAUGUUGACUUUUAUAUCGGAUGAACUUUUGCAUACAUACCGUAGCAGCAAUGAUGAGCAGGAAAAGAUUAGGGCAAUUACUGAAUUUCUUCGACGGUUGAAUGAAGACAUCUCCAUAGCCAAACUCAAGUCUAUCAACGUUGAAUUUGAGUCUGAUUUGGAUUGGUUUAAUGUUAGUGGUCCUAUAUCGUUAAAAGAACUGCAAGGAAAGGUUAUUGUUUUGGACUUUUUUACCUAUUGCUGCAUUAAUUGUAUGCAUGUAUUGCAAGAGCUGCACUGCCUGGAAGAACAAUUUCCCAUAGAAAGUGGUCUUUUAGUAAUCGGUGUUCACAGUGCAAAAUUUGAUAAUGAACGAGUUACAGCAAAUAUUGUAUCAGCUGUGCAACGAUUUGGAAUAACUCAUCCUAUUGUUAACGAUUCACGAUCUACCAUGUGGCGCACUAUCGGCUUACGGUGCUGGCCAUCACUGCUGGUUCUGAGCCCGACUGGUACACCCAUGUUGCUAUUAAUGGGCGAAGGGCAUGGAAAGUUCCUACAGGAAUUUGCUGGUGCUGCGUUGUCAUUUUUUAGUCAGCAGGGUAACAUUGACUAUUGCUGUUUACCCAUGCAAAUAACUACUAACUGUCAACCGGCGUCUAACUUACGUUUUCCUUCUAAGAUAGCUCGAAGCCCACUCGGUCGGUAUGCGAUUGCCGAUAGUGGAAACAACCGGGUGCUUAUAGUCACUAGUAGUGGCUUGGUACAACACAAGAUUGGAGGACAACAGGCUGGAUUUGUUAAUGGCUCUUUAACCACAUCGCGAUUUAAUAAUCCGCAGGGCCUAGCAUUUGUUGAUGAACAUGCUUUGAUAAUUGCGGAUACUAAAAACCACGCCCUUCGUAAGAUCUCGCUUACGACUGGGAAGGUUGAAACUCUUGCUGGAACAGGCGUACAGGGGAACGAGCGAAUUGGUGGUCGCAUAGGACCUCUGCAACCUUUAUCGUCGCCCUGGGAUGUUGCUAUAUUUCGUACACGGGACAUGGAUAUGUCCUUUCAUCUUGAUGAACGCAACGUGCCUGAAAAAACUAUUGUGCUCAUAUCUAUGGCUGGCACCCAUCAGAUUUGGGGCUACUUUCCAGAAGGAAUUAUUUGGUGGAAAUUCCGCAAGUUUGAACCUCUUUGCUGUGUCGCGUUAAUAGGAAAUGGUCUAGAGGAGAACCGUAAUAAUUCCUACCCCCAGAACGCCGCAUUUGCACAGCCGUCUGGCCUGGCCAUGGCAAACGAUGUAUUGUACAUAGCUGACAGCGAAAGCUCUAGCAUACGAAAAACUUCUAUGAUUGACGGAAAGGUGAUGCCUGUCGUUGGAGGGGAUCGUAACCCACUUAACCUUUUCGCGUUUGGCGACGUUGACGGUAAACUAUUCAACGCGAAACUUCAACACCCUCUAGGUGUUACCUAUAAUGAUGCCAGUAACAGGCUCUAUGUGGCUGAUUCUUAUAAUCAUAAAAUCAAAGUUAUUGACACCGAUUCAAAUAAUAUUUCUACCUUAAAAAUCACGAAUCAAAAUAAAACUGAUUUGAUUUUUAAUGAGCCGGCCGGUCUAUGCUUGGAUACCAACGGUCAGAAUUUGCUGGUAUCUGACACCAAUAACCAUGCGAUACAUAUAAUAGAUGUGGCGACGCUUAUAGCAAAACCAUUUGUUUUAGAUUUUAGUCAAAUUGCAUCAACUUGUCAAACUGAAGCACCAAAAUGUUUAUCAAAAAAAUAUGAUGACCAUGCGAUUAAGACCUUAGCUUUAAAUUUGAUUAAAACAAUUUCGAUUCAUUUUAGUCUUCGACUUUCGCCUGAACUUAACUUUACAAAAGAAGCCCCUCAGAAGUGGAUACUAAAAACUGUAUCUCAAUCACUGAAAAUAUAUCCAUCAUACGGAACCUUGCUAAAUGGAAUGUGUAACUUGCAGGUGCAGGCUACUCACCAUGAAUUCAGCUGCGUCAACAAUGAAUUAUUUACUAUUGAAUUCUCUUUAAAUUUAUGUCGCUCAAAUUGUUGCCUUAUUAAAAGAAUUUCUGUAUCUAUAAAAUGUGGUAAAACUAUUGAAGAACACAUACCUAUCCACAAUGUUAAUAUUCAUAUUAAUCAAUCAAAUAUAAACUUGCUUUAAAAAGUUUUAAAAAUUAUAAA